UGCAGAAACAAGCCGGAUCCCUGCCAACCAGGGAUCGGGGGCCGAUGGAUGCGACAUUGACCGGACCCAGAGACGUUGUUCGCCUCCUUGCCGCUAACACCCCAGUCUGUGGCUGAUUCUAUGCUUCUUUUCCUUCUGGCACAUCGCCCUUUUCAGCUCCUUUCCUAUAAGUCGGAGAAUUCAAGCAUCUGGUUUUCUGGCGAUUAUCCUGCACAUUCCCGGACCUCGACGUAUCACACCAUUGUUACCGUUGUUGUUUUAUUAGGGACAUGUCCCUGCGGCCACCGUCAUGAGAUGUGAUAUCUUCCUCCUUCUCCCCUCCCCGACGGCCCUCCUCCUCCUCGCCAGCGUCUUCGACCUGACCUCGGCGCACGCCAUCCACAACCAGCCGCGCCAGACCUCGGCCGACCGUACCAGAACCCUCCAUACUCUCGACAUCGUUCCCUUCCCACCCCUCCCAACCUCCCCGCCGCUCUGGCCGUUCCAACUACGCCGCCGCCAGCAGCCCAACACGAUAUGCGGAUACAUCGGCGGCAACCCGAAUCUGCCCGCGACGUGCAGCGCCGGCUCGCACUGCGUACUCGACGCCGGCCACGGCGCCGUCGGGUGCUGCCCCGACGACCAGGAGCCGUGCACGACGGGCGUCUUCACGGCCUGCGUCGACCACAACAGCCCGGGGCGUGAUGACGAGGCCAAUGCCGACGCCUACGCCUUCACCUGCAGCGGCAGCGACGUCUGCUACCGGAACGAGUACGAGGGCGGCUUCUUCCAGUUCGGCUGCGGCUCCGCCACCGACCUGGCCGCCACCGUGUUCGCCACCGCGACCGGCAUCACGGAGGCGGUGGACCCGCCGAGCCUGAGCAUUGAGUUUGUGAAUACGGCGAGUGGGUGGACGGGUAGCUGGAAGGUGACGUCUGCUAGCAGUCCAGCCAGCAGCACCGGAGCCAGCAGCACCGGAGCCAGCAGCACCGACAGCAGCACCGGAGCCAGCAGCACCGGAGCCAGCAGCACCGACAGUAGCACCGGAGCCAGCAGCACCGACAGCAGCACCGACAGCAGUAGUAGUACCAGCGGCACAUCAACGAGCAGCACCCGAACCUCAUCCCCAACACCUACCCCAUCAUCAACUUCUCCUUCUUCAACACUCACACCACCACCACCCGCGGCAACAGCAACCUCCGCGCCCCCGACGGUCGACCACGGCAGUUCGUCGAGUCGCACGGGCGCCAUCGUGGGCGGCACCAUAAGCGGCGUCGCCGCGCUGAUCGCGCUGAUCGCCGCGGGCAUCUACCUCUGGCGGCGGCAGCAGAAGCGGCUCAGCAACCGGCGGCUCGGGCCGGGCGUGGACCCGCACUCGACCAUGACCGAGUACAUCUCGCCGGCAGGCGGGGGCGGAGGCGGAGGCGGUGGCGACAUGUCCGGGGGCGGGUUCCAGCCCGUGCACCAGAGCUUCGAGGCCUGGGAGACGGGCCUGGCGCCGGGCAGCACCGCGGGGUCGCGGACGCCGCCGCGCAGGCCGCAGAGGCCCGAGUAUUAUGACCCGUCGGACGUGAUGGCGGGCGGCGGCGGAGAGGCGGCGGGCGAUAUCGCCGAUGGGGGUGACCGGCUGCAUGGAGACAUGGUGCCCCUGACGAGGGAGAUUGAUGAUUUCUCGAGGGGGUUCCAGGACGCGCUGGGGAGGAUCGACGAGGAUGACCACCGCGGCAUCGGUGGGGGCGGAGGGCCGCAGGGGGGGCCGAAUGGUGCGGGCAUGGUCGGGACGGGGGGCGGGGGUGGUGGUGAGUCCGGGGAGGCGGAUGGGGAAGAGCGGCCGCUGUGGCAGCAAAAUCGGAGGUUGAGCCGGAACAUGAUGUGGAUGUAAACUCUAAGGGGGACUCGGCUGAAGAGCCCGUCAUCGGGUUUUAUUAAUGUGUAUGAGGCAUGAUCAGACCGGGUUCCUGCCCGGAUUCACUCGGGGGUGAUGAUACCCGGGGCGCACGGCUUAGAAACAUUGGCAUGGAGUUGGCGGCUUAUU